AUGUCCUCUUACAAUAAAUAUGCAACAAUGACAAAAGAAAUGAAAGACAAAUUAGUUGAAGGGGAAGAUUUUGUAAGAAGUGUUAAAGCAUACAAUUUACGAAGCAACCAACAAGCCAACGACCGAACACCCAAACGAAAUUAUCCUGGUGACCAGGGACUCACAGACUAUGAUGAACCAACUCUAAUUAAUGAUGACAUACCUAAACAAAAAAAGAAGAUAAUGCGUCGUAUCAACGACGACAAUAAAAGCGAAAACAACAUCCUACCACCGAAGAACAAUGAUCAAAGCAGUACACACGACGACCAAGAGUGGCGACCUGUGAAUAAUACGAAGAACAAAAGAACGACUAACACAUCGCGUACAUUUAUAAAUGGCAACUUAUCAGGAAUGAAUCAUCAGAUGAAUCAUCGAAACAGCAGCAGUUCGCAUCAUCAAAAGAAUUAUCACCACCUAAAUGACACAAAUAACAAUAAGAACAAUGAUAACAAUUCAAAUUCUAAUUCUAAUUUAAAUAAAAAUCACGAUCACACCUUAUCAUAUAACACUCCUACUACAGAAGACUCAAAUCAGUACCAAAUUGAAUCAUCAACUACAAAUCAUGGAACUUCUCAAUCUGAACAACAGAAUAUACGCGUAUCUGAACACGCCCUUCGUUACGCAAUCGAACAGCAUCUUCCUCCAUUGAAAAUAGUUUGUGAACCAAAACUCACAGAAUCAAAUGAAGCAAAAAACUUACUCAAGGAACUAUUCUCAUCGAUCAAUAAGAAAUUUAUCGAAAUCAAUCCAAAAUACACUAAGCCAUUAGCUUUCGACUACUGGUUCAUCGAUCGAGAUGGUAAUCUGUCGUGUUUUACAAAUAGUAUCGAAUUAUUCGUCUUCCUAUCUAAUGGAGCAAACUAUCCAAAUCAUCUUUCCAACAUCAAUAUUAGAACAAUACCACCUAAACGUCUACCACCUCAAUGUUCAGUUAUAUUUAAGUUCGUUCCAAAUGACAUUACAACUGAAGAACUAGAAGAAGAGAUUAAAACAAAAUAUCAAUCAGCUUUUACAAUUGUGGAAAUGCGUGGUUCACGAACAAGUAGGAAUCGUCAUAUACGACUGGACUUAAUGGAUCACAAUGAAUACAUGCGGAUACUCAAUAGCGGAGUCUUUGCAAUAGCUGGACAACUUAUAGAAACUUCCGAAUUCUUAGCUCCUCCUCGAUUGUUAAUAUGCUCUAAAUGCAAUACACCUGGUCACAUAAAGAAGAAUUGCAAAAUAAACUGCGAUACAUGUAGAAGAUGUGGAGGUGAUGGGGCUCAAGGUGAUCAUGUAACCUGUAAUAUUCAAUGCCAUCAUUGUAAAGGAGAACAUGAAGCAACAUCGUUCAAAUGUCCUUUAAUAAACGAAUUUAGAUGUCAACUAAUCGAGCAAUUGAAAAAACGACCGGAUCUUUUACCUUAUAAUGUACAAUUAUUCAUACCUACUGAACUCAGAAAUAGAAACGAAAAGAACAGUCGCAUCUUAACAAACAACGCAGCAAAUAGUCAAUCUCAACGUUCACACCCAUCAAAGCAGACUUAUUCCUAUCAUGAUAACAACUGGCCUCAAUUACCUGGUGACAUGAGAAAUACAACUGUUUCACAAAUGAAAUGGACUCCUCUUCCUACGGAUUCUAACACCCUAUGGAAUGAAAUGAUGAAAACACNUCUAGCUCGAACAGUAAACCGGGCUAGACGUGCGUAUCGAAAAGCUCGUACAGUACUUCAUCUGCAACGAUUUCUUUUACUAAAAGAACAUUUCAUCUUAGAAAGAACUAGCUAUCAACAAUCACUUAGAGAUGCAAAGAUGAUAUGGCUUGGUGAAAGCAAUAACAUAUGGAAAUAUGUCAAACCAGUUUUUAGACCAUAUGCACCUGCCUUCAGAGGUCUUUCGGUAAAUAACGUGAAAAUAACUGACCCACAGAAAGUCGUGGACAUACUCGCCGACUAUUACGAAAAACAUUUUGCUGAACCAGAAUAUGAUCCAUCAAAUCAAAUACACCAGAGAUCAAUAUCAAUUUUUGAUAGCUUGGCUUACAUGCCUUCUAUUCCUCUUGAACAAAUAAAAUAUGAAGAAAUUGUGCGAGAAUGGAAGAAGUUUCUACCAAAAAAAUCGACGGAUAGCGCAGGAACAUCGGCUUUCAUGUUGAAAAAAUUACCAAUCGAAUAUCUAAACAUUUUAAGCGUACUAUUCAAUAAAUGCGCAUCCAGAGGGGAAUUUUUUGCAGCAGGAAAAAUUGCCAAAGUUGUGUGUUUAUCAAAAGAUGGAAUGUACCCGAAUGAAAACAAACUAAGACCGAUCUCCCUAUUACCGAAUAUUGGUAAAUUAUUUGAACGUAUAAUCCAUCAUAGAAUUUUAUCCUGGUGCAAUGAUCACAAUAUUGCAGUAGAUGAACAGAGUGGCUUUAUGCAGGGAAGGCGCCUACAAACAAGAAUUCUGUCGCUGGUUGAGAACCUUAGGCUCACGGUAGCAGCUUGCAAUAGACCAGCACUUACAAUAUUUGUUGAUUUUCUUUCCGCAUUCGACCGUAUGUGGUUCCCUGCUCUGAUAACUAAUUUGAAUGAACUUGGAAUGCCACUUUCUCUUUUAAAAUGGAUUCAGUCAUGGUUGUUGAACAGAUCAUUCUCAAUCUCAUUUGGUAACGUACACUCAAGAAAUAUUAAAAUGCAUGUUGGUGCUCCUCAAGGUUCUAUAUUAGCUGCCACGUUGUUUCGAUUGCACGUUCACUUUCUUCCAUCAUUCUUCUUCGGUUUAUCUGUUCAUAUGUUCGCNACUAAUUUGAAUGAACUUGGAAUGCCACUUUCUCUUUUAAAAUGGAUUCAGUCAUGGUUGUUGAACAGAUCAUUCUCAAUCUCAUUUGGUAACGUACACUCAAGAAAUAUUAAAAUGCAUGUUGGUGCUCCUCAAGGUUCUAUAUUAGCUGCCACGUUGUUUCGAUUGCACGUUCACUUUCUUCCAUCAUUCUUCUUCGGUUUAUCUGUUCAUAUGUUCGCAGAUGACCUCGCGAUUGUCCUAACGGGGUCUCUUGAAAAACGCCUCUCUCUUAACAUAAGUGAUCUCGAAAUGCGUGCAAAAGACGUCAUGAGACAACUGGAAAUUUUCUCAACCAAUUCACUUCUACCAGUAAAUACAAACAAAACAAAAGCACUCUUAGUACACAGCGCAGUAUCACCUAGCUACCCAAAAAUCAAUUACAAACAACAAAGCAUCGAAUACGUCAAUUGUUUCAGAUAUCUUGGCGUUUACAUAACCACCAAACUAGGAUGGGGUUUAUUUAUUAAUCAUAGAAUACGAACGAUAAGAAAAAUCUACAAAGCAAUGCGAAUAAUAUUACGCACAAUACCGAUCAAUCUCACUUCAACGCGUCGAAAAAUAUUUCUUGCGUUUGUACUGCCUCAUUUUUGUUGGCUUUUCUGCGCUUGGUUUUACUUUACUGAAAACCAAAAAAGAAUGAUAGAACACGUUUUCUGCUCUGGUUUACGAAUUCUCUACGCGUUGAAUCGAUGGGAUGAUUUAUCAACAUUAAUAAUAUCUAGAGAAAAGAGUCUUCGUGAUUAUAUAUAUUCGUAUUGGUAUCGAUUCGCUCUACACAUAGAAAAAACGCCUGAUGCUCUCGAUUUUCAACAGUCACGGCAAGCUUUUCAAACAAUCAAAUCGAACAAUAAAGACUGGUAUAAAACCAUGGGGUUUCGAAAAAAUAGCUUUUUUCCACGACGAUUAAUAGAACGUGCGCAACACUCGCUUCACGACUGGAACCAGUUCAAAAAUGCGCACAAAGAUCAAUUUCUAUUUUAUAAAGAAAACACACUGUACCUGAAUUGGUUCAUUUAUAAAUAUUUUCUUGAACCGGGAUAA